UCGUUUUGUACAUUAUUUUUAACCUAUACCGAAUCUUAGUUUAUGUAUACAGUAAUAAUCUAUCUAUUUUCAUUAGCUAUCUUAACACUUAACAUUCACCGUGAAAUAUUUUGAAGUAAUUUUAUAUUAACAAUGUCUUGGAUAAGGGAUAGCUCAUUAACCUGGGCCCAAUUGUUUUGUGUAAGAGUUUUGAAGUGUGGUGUGAUUCCAAAGCAUGUCGCUUUUAUUAUGGAUGGUAAUAGAAGAUAUGCAAAACAAACAAAUGUCAAGAAACUGGACGGUCAUUCAAAAGGGUUUGACAAGUUAGCCGAAACACUUCAGUGGUGUUUAGACCUUGGAGUAUCGGAGGUAACUGUUUAUGCGUUCAGCAUAGAGAAUUUCAAGAGGAGUAAAGAUGAAGUUGAUGAUUUGUUGAGAUUGGCCACACAAAAAUUUCAGCGUCUUCUUGAUGAAAAGGACAAACUAAUGGAAAAUGGAGUCAGAAUCAGAGUAAUUGGGAAUAUUUCAUUACUUCCGCCAGAUUUGACCAAACUGAUCGCCGAGGUGGAACUUCUGACUAAAUACAAUAACAAAGCAAUUCUCAACGUGGCUUUUGCUUAUACAGCCAGGGACGAGAUGGCGGAAGCUAUGAAGCAGAUGGUGGAAGGUCAUCGCUCCUCAGACCUGGACCUGAGUGAUAUCAAUGUGCAGUUGUUGUCCAAAUCUCUUUACACCAUGGACUCUCCGUACCCUGACUUGUGUAUCAGAACGUCCGGGGAGAAGCGACUCAGUGACUUCCUUCUUCUUCAGACGGCCUACAGCUACCUCUACUUCACGGAUGUUUUGUGGCCCAACUUCACAGCUUGGCACUUAUUAGCAGCUGUUUUCCACUUCCAGCGAGCUUAUCCCACUCUACUCAAAGUCCGAUCAUCCCUUCCAAAACCACCUCUCUCCGAUAAAGCUGCCAAGUUCUUGGAGAAUGUGGAGGAAAAACAUUGGAAAAAAGCAGCAAUCGCUGCCUCAUCGUAGAAGUCUGAUUCUCUUAAUGUAUAUUCAAAUGUUGAAAAAACACUGGGUUAUGUAGAAUAUGGUGUAUAUAGUCGGGAGCAAUAUAAUUUGUGUACAUAGUGAUUAUGAGACAUUAUAUUAUACUUUAAGUAGUGGAUGUAUUAUAUUUUAUCCGCAAAUAGUGGAUUUGAACAAAUGUUUCCAUUUUAAAUAGUUUAGGUUGAUAGGAUUUGUAAAUACAAUGUAACUUAAAGUCUUGUGAUGUAAAUUCAUGUGAUAUUUGUAGUUGUUUCAUUCGUAAUAUAUUUACUUUUACUUCA